AUGAUAUCGAGUCAAGAUUUUAUAAGUUGUGUUCAGGCAAAGCUCCAAUCCAUGCCAAAUGGUUAUUUACCUAAAUGGCUGCUCUUCAUAUCAAUUGUGUCGAUCUUCAACUCUUUCCAAACCUAUAUUUCCGGUUUGGAAUUAACUCGUCAAGUGUAUUCUAGGCAGCCAAAAGAAACAACAGCACUAAGUGCUAGAACUUUUGGGACCUGGACUUUUGUAUCCUGUAUGAUUAGACUUUAUGGUGCAUUCUACUUGACUGAAACACACAUUUAUGAAUUGACUUUUAUUUCCUAUAUAAUUGCUUUAACUCAUUUCGGUUCUGAAUUAGUGAUUUACAGAACGUGUAGAUUUGAUAAGGGAUUUAUGGGCCCUCUGAUUGUUGCUAGUACAUCUUUAAUUUGGAUGUAUAAUCAAAAGGAAUUUUACACGGGUACUCCUUUCAACUUCUUUUGA